CUUCAAUGGAGUACAAAUUUCCCUCACGAGAGUCAACAGUCAACGCAAGGAAUGGGUGUAGGCCAAACCCAAACCAAACGUGCCCCGUUGGGAGUCUCUCCUACUUGAAGUGUAUGAACCAAACCAAACCCAAACCAAACGUGUACCUCCUCUCACAUUCCCCUCAGAUAGGGGUGAGGCGCACUGGAGCUAUUUCACGUUUUUUGGAGAAUGAAAUUGUCAACCCCGUUUUCCUGCUCCGAUUCCCAGAAUCUUUUCCUGAUACAUUAAAUACUCCCUCCUCCUCCUCCUCCUCCCCACCACCACCAGUCCAACAAACCAACUUCUCAGGUUUCUCAUCAAUGGAGGACGACGACGUUUGUACCAAGGACGGAACCCUGGACUACCGGAACCGGCCGGCAAACAAGAAGAGAACCGGCACCUGGAAGGCCUGUCCUUUUAUCCUCGGCAACGAAUGCUCCGAGAGAUUGGCUUACUACGGCAUGAGUUCCAAUCUCAUGAUUUACUUCCAGACCCGACUGAAUCUGUCCAACAUUAGCGCUUCCAAAAACCUCUCCAAUUGGUCUGGAACUUGCUAUGUCAUGCCCCUCCUCGGCGCUUUUCUCGCCGACGCCUACCUCGGCCGGUACUGGACCAUUGCUAGCUUCUCCAUCAUCUAUGUGAUUGGGAUGACUCUUUUGACAAUGUCUGCGACGGUUUCUGGCAUCAGCCCCACUUGUACAGCGCCAGACAAGUGCACCGCGACUGGGAGACAGACUACGGUGUGCUUUCUGGCGCUGUACCUGGUGGCGCUGGGGACCGGUGGGAUCAAGCCGUGCGUGUCCUCUUACGGUGCCGACCAGUUUGACGAUGCGGACGAGGAGGAGAAGAAGCAGAAGAGUUCCUUCUUCAAUUGGUUCUAUUUCUCUAUAAAUAUUGGGGCGCUGGUCGCCUCGUCUUUGAUUGUCUGGAUUCAACAGGACGUGAGCUGGGGGUGGGGGUUCGGCGUCCCUGCUGUCGCGAUGGCCAUUGCUGUUGGGUUCUUCUUCUCGGGAACACGCUUGUAUCGGUACCAGAAGCCCGGGGGCAGCCCCUUGACGCGCCUGUGUCAGGUGGUUGUGGCUUCAUUCAGGAAACAUAAGGUUAAAGUGCCUUCUGAUGGGUCGCUUUUGCACGAGACGUCUGGCGUUGAGUCUAACAUCAAAGGGAGUCGGAAACUUGGUCACACGAAUGGAUUCAGGUUCUUUGACAAGGCAGCAGUGGCACUAGAAUCCGACGACAAGAAGGGGUCGGUUAGUGGGUGGAGACUGUGCACCGUGACCCAGGUCGAGGAGCUGAAGUCGAUCAUACGAUUGCUCCCAAUCUGGGCCACGGGCAUAAUCUUCAGCACGGUGUACGGGCAAAUGAGCACACAGUUUGUGACACAAGCCGAAGGAAUGAACACUCGGGUGGGGAGGGCCCCCCAGUUCAAGAUCCCCGAGGCGUCCCUGAGCGUUUUCGACAUGAUCAGCGUCAUCGUGUGGGUCCCAAUCUACGACAAGAUCAUAGUCCCGAUGGCGAGAAAACUCACGGGCCAGAAGACAGGCCUGACCCAUAUCCAGCGAAUGGGGAUCGGGCUGUUCAUAUCCAUCCUGGCCAUGGUUUCCGCGGCCGUGCUGGAGAUGGUCAGGCUCUCAAUGGUUAAGAGAGACAACCUUUACGACACCAAGGAAAUACCCAUCUCUGUCUUCUGGCAAGUGCCCCAAUACUUCAUCAUCGGAUGCGCAGAAGUGUUCACAUUCAUAGGACAACUGGAGUUCUUCUACGACCAAGCACCGGACUCCAUGAGAAGUCUGUGCUCUGCUCUAUCCCUCACAACCACUGCUAUAGGGAACUACCUCAGUGCUCUCCUUGUCUCCAUUGUUACAGACAUAAGUACCAGGAAUGGGAAGCCUGGGUGGCUGGCAGACAACCUCAACUACGGCCACCUGGAUUACUUUUUCUGGCUUCUCGCUGCGCUGAGCGCCAUCAACCUGGGGGUUUUCGUUGCCGUGGCGAAAAUGUACACAUACAAAAAGGCCAUCAACAGGGACGACUCCGACCUCGCGGUUGCUGAGAACUUGUAAUUCCUAAAGCGGUUUCAGUUCUUCGUGUUGAUGUAAAAAAACUCAUACGGAUUGCUCUUUUCUUUUUCUCUUCUUCAAAGGAAUAUGAUUACAGAUAUGAAUCAAUCAAUCUCUUUUUUCAUUUGUUUAGCCCCAUAAUGCAAGCUAAGCCCCUUUUUUUCUCAUAUUGUGGAUGCAGAUUUGUUCUUUAACUUCUUUUCUUUCACAAUUGUUUAUCCGUGAGAAAUGGUAAAUUGUGUAUUUAUUUUAUAUAAAAAGUACCAAUAAUAUUGGGGAAUUUUG